AAACGAGUAAAACAGUGACAGCAGACAAAUGGAGAGAUCAUAUUCUGAAGAAAUGAGGAGGAUUUAUGUACUUACGCUUUUUAUGUUUUCGUCCUUGGUGCUGGCUGGAAAAGGAGCCGGUUCCAUUGCUUGUAGACGCGUUCUCAAAUAUUGCCAAGGAAAUGAGAUUAACAUCCCUCGGUGUGUUGAAGACAGGAUGAGGCAUUGUAAAAAGGGCAAACAUUUACUAGAUGGUUCUGAAAAAGAUUUCUAUUUGAGGUCUGCAAACUCCUCCAGUGCGGCGAGAGUGGACACAGUGUAUGGACACAUAAUCCAUAUUCCCUCAGAAGCUGUCCUGAAAAGCACACUGUCAGACAGUGAUCAAGAAGUGUACUUGAUCGUAUCUGUUCUCAACAGCAGCCUUUUUGAGGCUACUUCAGACAAAGGAUCUCCUCAUGAGCAGGUCUUAGGAGUGUGGCUUGGCGAUCAGGUCAUCCACAACCUCUUUCAUCCAGUUAGGAUAGAGUUUGUAAAUGUCAGUCAGAAUGAGAGCAGAAAAUGUGUCUUCUGGAAGAUGUCACACAAUAGCGAGCAAGGUAGUUGGAGCACAGACGGCUGUAACACCAUCCACAACAACACAGACAUUGUCUGUGAAUGCAAUCACCUCAGUUUCUUUGCAGUGCUUGUUAGUCCUGAUGCGCCAGAUCCUGUUAAUAUUCAUCGUCUUGAGUAUAUCACAUACAUUGGGUCAUGCCUUUCUGUGGUAUUCACACUCAUCGCCCUCAUGCUGUCUCUAUGCCACAGGCAGGUAAAGGCAGAUCACUCGGUCAUCAUUCACAUGCAGCUGACAGGCUCACUGUUCCUCCUGCACUUCUUCUUCUUGGCUAGUUCCUUUUGGUCCAAAGCUGAGGGGGCAGCUUGCCUAUCCCUGGGACUCUUAUUGCACUGGGCCCUGUUGGGCACGUUAACCUGGACAGCUAUUGAAGGCUUCCAUCUGUAUCUUCUAUUGGUGCAGGUCUUCAACAUCUAUGUCAGGAGAUACACACUCAAACUAAGCCUGUUAGGCUGGGGAGUUCCUACAAUUACUGUGAUGAUUUGUGGAGUAGGUGGUUCAUAUGGCAAGUACACCCUAACAGAGAACACCAGCAAUAUCACCAGCCUCUGCUGGAUUCCCACUGCAGCUGUGAGGUACAUAACAGUAAAUGGUUACCUGGGGCUGGUGCUGCUCUUCAAUAUAGCUAUCCUAGCAGUGACAGUGGUGAAGAUGCGGCAGCUGAGACUACGGACUGUGCAGGCUGGGAGAAAAGUAAGAAGAUUUUGGAAAGACUGGGCCAACUUGCUGGGGCUCAGUUGUGUUUUGGGGCUCCCCUGGGGGCUAGCAUUCACCACAAAGGGAGCCAUUAGCCUACCAGGAAUUUACAUCUUCACAAUACUUAAUGCCUUUCAAGGUGUCUUGAUGGUUCUGUGGUUUGGUCUAUCACAUGCAAGUCCAAUCAUGAGGAGCAAAGCUCAAAGGACAUCUCCCUGA